GUGCGAAUUGCGCGUUUUACGAAGAGGGUGCCGGCUCGGAACGGCGAGUACGCAGUCGCACGGAAUUCCCCGGGAAUCGGGUCUUUCCGGGUCUGCGACACGGUUUUCCCCUUACUCGGUUCACUUUGGCGCCCGUAGUAGUCGACGACGCGACGGUGACGCUCACGGACCACAGCUCACUCGCUCUCGCAACAGGUGACGGAAUCUCGAUCGACCGGGUUUAAAAAGCGACCGAGAGAUCUCCGAGACGAGAGAAGUACGGACAGCGGUAACGACCUUUUUUUCCGUGCGUAGACAUCCUCGUGAGAUCCCUAAAGGAAUAGAGUGGGAAGGGAGCGUCAAAGAGAGAGUCCUUUUGGAAGGAGAGUUGCAGAAUGAGUGUCGAGGACGCCAUCAAUUACUCGCCCAGUGAGGAGGAGGACUAUUACGCUCUGUUGUCCUGCGACGAAUCUUCCACGGUCGAGCAGAUUACGGCGGAAUAUAAGGUGUUAGCUCUUCAAUAUCAUCCGGAUAAGAACGAUGGUGACAAGGAGGCCGAAAAGAAAUUUCAACAACUAAAGUACGCAAAAGAGGUUCUAUGCGAUCCCGAAAAGAGGAGCAAUUACGAUAAAUGGCGGAAUAGUGGUAUCAAGAUCAGUUACAAACAAUGGGUUGGUAUGAAGGAGCAUGUGCAGCAGACUAUGCAUUGGAGCACGCCAAAGACAAAGGACAGAAUGUUGCCGGACACGAGCGAAGAGGCAGGUGGUUCACCAGCUCACCUCAAAGGUCACCCUACAAAUGCGCACAGGAGGGCUUCGGAGGGUGGUGCCACGAAUCUCUACUACCGUUCGGGCCACGGCGUCCCGUUCUACCAGGAGUCCAACGAGGUCGUCAGUAAGUUUCGCAAUUACGAGAUUUAAAAGGUUCCCCAGCGUAAUUCUCAUCAGAACCGACUCCAUUGUACCGGAUGCCCUUAUGACAACAGGAACAUGUUGCAUUAGACAAAUAUCUACCUGUAUAUGAGUGUACCGAGCGUUGGUUGGAUCGCGUUGGCAUGCACAUUUAAGCACGUACUUGAUAAAAUGGCAAGUCGAGAGAGACACGUGUGAGCUUCAUCGCUCGCCAUCGAGCAACUCAUUAUGUUUCUGUCCCGUUUACAUGCGAUUUUGUAAUUGAGAGACUUUUAUCAUUGUUGCGUCACUUCAUAUGAAGCUGCGAGCUUGACUGUCUAUCAUCGACGUAACUUUGACGAAAUGAACGAUUGUAGAUAUUUCUCUGAAAAGACUUUGCGGAAAUAAUGAACGUUUGUAUUGUACACUUUUCUAUGGCGGGUGCUCUUCGCGGAUUAUUUUUUUGUCACUUGAGAUGCAUGUCAACUCGAUCCAACAAAUCGCCCUUGUGCACGUGUACGUGCUCGCAAUUGUGCGUACGUAUCGCCUUCAGAUUUAUAUUUUGUUAUACUAUACUAAGCAUGACGAGAGUAAAGGGUCGAGAAACGCGAGAGGAGGACGUUCGGUAUAUCAUUUGAAUUCCCUUUCUGAGGUCUCCCGAUUAAAAACGUCCGACUGUGACCGGUUGCGAAUGUUACAAGUCGAGUCUCUCUCGAUCGCGCAUUCUGUGUGUGUCUCCUUGAUCUUACGAGAUGUUUAGCGACAAAAGUUAAACGAUUUAGUGUCAAGGACAGUAUAGUUUUAUCUGUGAUCCCGCGAAUGAAUUUUCCGCUAGUGGUUAACUGAUCGUUUCAAUCGUAAACACACUGGGAGGAAAUACUUAAGCGUCUGCUAAAAGGAAACUUUUGCAAAUCCAUUACUCACGAGAACGUGAGUUUCAUCGUUACUAUUAUCAGCAAUUCAAAUAUCAAUUAACGUGUAAUCGGUUUCCAUCGUCCAAAGUCAGAUUCCUGACCGUCACUUUCGAUGUGAGUAACUCGUCUUCGUCAAAAGAUGAAUUCGACUUUGAAUGUCCUGUAUUUACAAUGCGGUUGCAAAAUUGGACGACGGAAUUGCAAAACGGAUUGAACUGGAAAUCAAUCGGACCACAAAUGUUGCAAACGUCGAGUUUACUAGAUGCGAUGAUGUUUUAAAUGAAAAGAGGUAGGUAUAUAGUUCUCUAUCAAAAUGUAAAAAUAAAAAUAUAAGAGUAGAGUAGUUUAUAUCAAAUUGUUAUAUCUAAAGUGUAUAAUGUCUAUAUUAUUAUAUAUUUUAUCGAGUAAGUGUUGCUACCGAUUCUGUGAAGCUAUCCUAGAUAUUGACGUUUUCAACGUUUCUUUCCGAGGACUUCUCUCUCUCUCUCUCUCUCUCACACUCUCACUCUCACUUCACUUGCAUUCAAUCGACCAGCAUCGCUAUACGAGAUUAAUUCAGCGGUUCAAUUCUACGAAACGUUGGGUUAACCUUUUGUGGAAUGAAGCUUAAGUAUUUCUUUCCAUAAUGGAACAGAUCGACGAUGGCGCACUUGUACCUGUGUCCGAUGUCAAACGCAAGAUACAUCAUUCUCCUCCGACGACAAUUGUGACGGCUCUUCCCCGUUAUAUGUUAAAUAACGCGUGUGGAUUAACCGCGUGUUAUUUUCCUAAAAAUCGACGUGGUCGAUUUCGGGUGGCUCAUGCUUCGACGCUGUAAGGACACAAAGAAAUCUUACGUCACGAGAGAAUAGAAAGAAAAUUAUUUUUUUGCGUUCGUAGCGGUGAGGCGUGAACCUGUCUGAAAUUAUUUUGAUUUGAACCGCGCGCCGGGAAAAACAAAUAACGUUCUCGGUGGAUCUUCACGAAAAUUGUGCAUCGCACUUUUGCAUUCCGACGCAUUUGCGUCUUCUCUCUACGUUCGAUGCAGCAGUCGUGACAAUUCGUCGGUGAAUUGCGUUUGGCAUAUAAUUGAGAAUGCCUAUUUAUAACCGAUAAUUAAUAAUAACUUAGUGACAGUUUAAUCCUGGAUGUGUCGAUGUGUAUAAUCUUUACAAUAAUGCGAUAAGCGUUUCUCUUCGGGAGCUCGUCCCUCGUUUAAAUACAUUAAUAACGGCGUCGUUCAUGCCCUCCAAUUUUGCGUUAGGUAUUUUCUUGUCGAACGCGUUGUAUCUAGAUAGCCGCGCAUCAUGAAUCAGUGCCAUGUUUCACAGUUCGAUGUUAUUAAAUUUUAGACACGUGCGAAAGAAGAUGAAAUAAAGUUAAAAAUAAAUACAACUUUAAAUUAACCGAUAAAAUACAGUUUGGCGGGAGUGUCUAAAUAUAAUGUGUUCGAUCUGGAAACGAUUAAAUGGAGCUGCAUGACGUUAAUGACGUCUUGCCUGAAUUGAUCGAUCUUCCACCUCACGAAAAUAAAAUGUGAUCUUCCCGCACUCUUCGUCAAUGUCCAAAACAUAUCACGACAGGUCCAUUUCGUUUUCCAAUUUUAUUUUCGAAUUUCGGAGAAAGGUACACUAUUCGUGCGAAGUGAGAUAGGAGGAUAUAAGCGGGGUAAUAAUUGAAGUCGUUGGAUAGAACGAGGGCCAAUCUUGGCGCUUACACAGGCACAGUAAAAAUGGCUACUAAACGGUUAGUAAAUGCCAAUGGAGAGAGGCAAAAUCAAUAUUACCAACUCCGAUGAGUCCAAUGACAUUUUUCCAUCUUAAUUUUAGACUAUUAGGUUAUCUCUGUUUUUUUUUUAGGGAUAAAUUCUUUUGACGGAAAGAACAUACACGCUGCUUUGAUGUGAUAUAAUUAUAUACUUUUUUUUCCUGUAUAAAUCCUACGCGAGUGUGUGAAAUAAUGUGGUGAUUUCUUGAUGAUAAAAUUAAGUUCUCGAAAAGUCAUUUAUAUCUGCCUCAAGGAUCUCAGUUUCCCUACUUGAUCUGAAGUGUUACGAUCUGCGGAAAGAUCCGAUGAUUUUCUGUAUAAAUCCUUCUUGAGUGAGUGAAAUAACGUGGUAAUUUCUUGAUGAUAAAAUUAAAUUCUCGAAAAGUCAUUUAUACCUGUCUCGAGGAUUUCCCGACUUGAUCCUAAAUGUUACGAUCUCCGAUGUCUUUCAGUAUAAAUCCUUCUUGAGUGAGUGAAAUAACGUAGUGAUUUCUCGUUGAUAAAAUUAAGUUUCAAAAAGUCAUUUAUACCUGCUCCAAGGAUUUCAAUUUCCCUACUUGUUCCUAAACGUUACGAUCCGCGGAAGGACCCGAUGUUGAUUGCAGUCAAUUCUUAAUGCCACGCAGAGCCUGUAGGGAAGCAGGUCAAGUUGUCACUUGUUUACCUUGCCGUAGUGUCGAAUCGACAUUCUAAUCGAACGUUUCUGAAAAGGGUAUUUUACAAUCGAGCCAUAGAAAAUGAAAUACAAUAACGAAAAAGUAAAAAUAAAAGUGAAUAAAAGUAUCUAUAAAAGUGACGGAGAGAAGAGAAUUAUAGUACACUGAGAGAAAAAACUCCUAAAUUUUAAUAAAUAUUUAUUCGAAUAGUAUAAGGGGCAGUCAAAUGAAAUAUUUAUUUACGGUGCAUAAAUAUUUACUCUGUAAGAAAAAAAUGAUUCUUGAAUUAAAAUAGUGGUUCCAAUACUAAAUAUAUAUUUACAUUUGUUAAAUAUUUUAUUAGUACUGUUUGAAUAAAUAUUUAUUAAAAUUUAAAAACUUGUUUUCUCAGUGGAAGAAAAAUAUGAAAUGUAGCAACUUACACAUGCGACGGACGCUUUUGAUAACGUGGGUUCGAAAGCUCUUUCUUUUUUCCUAUCGCUUCCACUCUCCUUUCAGUUUUCUUAGAUCCUUUGUUGGAAGACCUAAGAAAAUAUCUUGCUGCUCGACUUGCCUCCCUAUCGGCUCUGUGCAAGCUCGACGUUAGUGCGCGGUCAAUCGAAUUAGUCGAAUGUACCUAUAUAAGCGUCCGCUCGCGCUUCGUGCGAUUCGCCGCGCGCGAUCGAUCCUUCUGUAGACGUACGAGACGGCGGCGGACGCACAACUACGCCUAAAGGCAUAUCUCUGACAAGUGAAUCGCGUCUGAUUACGCUACAAACCGACGCUGUCGAAUUUAUCGUAUCAUCUGAAAUCAAAUAGCUAAAAGGUGUUACCAAUGUCUCAAUUUUCACACGUUCGACCAUCUCGAAAACGAAACAUUACAAAGAAGAUUCUGUGUUACGUAGUUUGGACCUAUUUUUUAAAAUACUGCAUGCCGUUUCUACGAAAUAUGUGAAUUUAAAUUUAGCAGUUUAUCGGCACAAUUUUGUCACAAUGGCUGACUAUGUAACGGAAAUACCUACGAUGAGGAUUUUUAAUAUCUCCAACCUUUCAUAUUUUUUACACGUAUUGAACGGUGUUUUCCAGGAGAUUCUCUCGCGAAGAAAGAUUGAAGCUUUAUCUGGAUAAAAAUUGGGUAGAAGUCAGACGAGCGAAGACGCAAAAAGUUUUUAAUCUCGUCGCGACAGUGACCAAGUUUAGAUUAGGUAAAACGGCACCGGGCAACGGCGUUCAUAAAAUUCCUCCAGUCUAGUUCGACUUCUUUCCGAAGCUCCGAAGAAUGUAGCAACUAGGCUAGAAAGUCGUAAAGAUAAAUGAGGAAUUUGAAGAGAAAAAAAAAAUUAUAGUGAUCGAAUAUUUUGCCUUUGGCUCUGGAAAUGUCUUUGUGCAUAUGUGUUAGAGGAAAGUAGGAAAUGUUACUAUUUAUUGGAAAAUAUUAGCAUAAUUUUGCGCGUAUGAGCAUGGAAGAGAGUAAUAUCCGAGUCCGAAACUUGACUCGUUAUUCUCUCAUUUACUGAGCAGACGACAUUAACUCAUGAACUGUGUUAGAAUUGAAUUAAAUUAAUGUUGAUCUAAACGAAUGAAAAGAUCAUUCUUACCCAAUCGUAGCGAUUGUUUAAUAUUAUUUUGUAAGGAAAGGGUACUCUCUAAAUCUUGUGAAACGUCACUCUAGAAGAAUGAAAAUCGAGCCUGUGCAAUUUUUCGAGUGAUUUGUCAUUUUAAUGGGAAUAAAAAUUCACUCUUACGGAUUAAGAAUUGAGCCUAUGCAAUUUUUUAAGUGAUUUUUCACUCUUACGAGAUUUAGAGAGUAGAGACGUAAUGGAGAGAUUGCAGGAGCUUUUGCUCCUUGAAGAGUUUUCCAUUUUCUAACACGACGAAUUUCUAAGACAAGAGAAUAGUGCGGCCGACCGUGCUCGUUGCUGUCGAAAGUCUAUUGGACCACCCUGUACAUGUAUCUAUACCUAUAUUUUUCUAGACGGGCCCGUGGAUUUUGGCCUGUGAAACGUUGUUCACACGACUAUAUCAUACGUACAUACCUAUUUGUUGUUUACAAUUGACCUGUCGCAAGCGCCUGAGGGAAAGGUCGAAGUCUGUUCAAACACCUAUCAGUACGAUGCUCACGAUCGAAGAGAAUCUGAUACAGCCUUUUUACGUUUCUACACGCGCGUUUACGAUACCGUCAUUGGAUAAAACAAAACUCGCGCGAAACUUCCCUUGAGAGGAAAAUAAGAGGGAAAGUUCAUCUCCCCUUUCUGCGGAGAGUCUAGAGGACUUUGCGAUCAAUUGAAGACUUGAAUUCUAAACCAUGCCAAUUUCAGAUGACUAACAAUAUUACUGAGCAUAUCUUUAUCUAGAUAUAUACCAGUAUUUUAUAUUGUAUUAAAGAACACCAAUCCCCCCAGUGUUCUAUGUUACAUAAAAUAGAUUUAUAUAAAAGAAACGUCUGCAUAUUCGAAAUCUUUAUAUCACGCAUGCGUUUAUUAUAAUCUUUUUAAAGAAUUCUGAAAAUUUUAUUAUAUUAGCGUGAUUUAGAAUUAAAACAUUUUUUUUGAGUUUUAUAUUAGGUGUCGUUUUUUUAUAGCUCUUUAUACUUUUUAACAAGUUUGAGAUAUAGUUCAAAGCAUCAAGUUAUUGAAAAAUGUCCUUACUUGUAAAUGGCAGGUUACCAGUGUUUGUUUAUUAAUAGCCCUUUUUAAACUGAUUAUGUAACGUAAUUAUGUUAUCCAACAUUUGUAGGGAAAUCGAUAGCUAUCUUCCGCUCUAAUAUCUGCGGUUACUGAUUAUAGUCCAAAUGCUUUUAACAAUUAAUAAGUAUAAGAUGCAAAAGCAUAAGAUGCAAAUUGUUUACGAGUUGUGUAACAGUUUGUAUUAACAAAAAUAGCAAAUUUCUUUUUUCUGUAUACCGAUAAACUGAUAAUAUAAAAUCUUACAGGGAUAUUUAAUUGUUAUUAACAAAUUUUCAAGAUUGCUCAAGUUUCACGUUGAUCAAUUAAAAAUUAGCAAUUAAAAAUUAGCAUUUGUAAUGUAAUUUUAUUUACAUAUCAGUCGAUUGGUAAUUGCUACUGUAAUUACAUAUAAAUAUAUAAUAUGCAGAUACACAAAAAUUGGAGUACAUGCUAUUGAUUAACCUUGGAAAAAAUCCAAGUUUGUUAAAAAUGACGAUUAUUUACAGAAAUAUGAUACUAUUAUUCUUAACAUAUAAGUGAAAUAGUUUAGUCAAUCAUGUUAAUCAUUGCAAACUGCGCAACUUACUGAUUGGUGUACAGUAUUUUCGGCUGUCCUCACGAGUCGUGUAAAAUUUUUGGGUGCAUGACAAAGUAUGGAUGAAAUUAUAGAUUGUGUGUACAUGUCUAUGUGCAGUUAAAUGCGUAACCAAAUACAUAUGUUGUAUUCGUCUCGCGCUGGUCGACGCGGCGAUGUAUUACUCAGUAAAAAAAAAUCAAUAAAUGUGUUUAAUUAUGAAA